AUGAUCUGCCUGGCGGGCUAUGCGAUCUCAGCCUCCUUGAAGCUGCUGGUGCCAGCCGCUGUCAGCAACUACUACAAGCGCGAGGACAAGUCAGGCGCCAACAAGCUCAGGGAGCUCAUCAACGAGGAGCAGGCCGAAGAAGCGGCGAAGGGAGAGCGAAAUGAAUCAGAAACUGAGGCUCAAGUGAAUCCCGAGCAGGAGGAGGAUAGUGAGCUGCCUCCAAUCUUCACUACAAGCCUGUGGAAAAGGUCCGCCCUCGCACUGCUGGUCUAUGGCAACGUGGCGAUUCAGAUCGGCUUGAUGCGCGGAGCCUUCUCCGACGUGUAUCGUGACAACAUCAUGUUCUUCCUGCUCGGACUCUUUGCUCUUCGCAUCAGCAUCAAAGUUGCUUGCACCAGCUUCAUGUGCGAGCUCAUGCUCACGGUGCCCAUUGCCAUCACCAACCAGACCAUGGCCGUGUUCACGCUGCUCGCGGCACCGACGCUCUUUGACUUCUUGGUCAUGUACGUGGCCUUGAUCGGUCUUCAGAUGAUCGAGCGGAUCUACAUCGGCCCCAACGAGGACGUGGUCAUGGGCAAGCUGGCGCAGUGGAAGCGCACCUUUGAUGGCUACAUGAAGUCUCUGAGCGCUGCGAAGCCCAAGAAAGCUGAUGAUGAUGAGGAGUCUGAAGAUGAGAAGAAGUUCGAGGACCAAGACAAGCUGGAGGUGGAGGGCGAGACCGAGGAGAUGGUCUCCUUCUUGGCCACCGUGUCCGCAGACUCUAUUGCCAAUUUGGUGGUGCCCACCUUCUAUGCGUUCUGCAUGUUGAUGUUCGAAGAGUCCCGGGUGCUCAGCAACUUCAGGAUUCCGCAGCACAAUGCCGAAUUCUACUUGUAUUUCUACAUGCUGAUGCUCCCUUUCCAGAUGAUUGCGGAUCGAAUUUGCUUCAACAUUGUUGAAUGCUAUCAUGGCUGGAAGGUCACGGACUAUUUGGAGUAUUGCGCCUACCGUUUCCUGGUCCGGACGACCGACUGGAAGGGCAAGGACAACAUCCUGGACCAGACGCUGUCACCCCACGUGCGUUCCAUUGACCAAAUGUGCUUCUCGGACCAGUUCUACUUCGUCUGCCUGAUGCAGUGCAUUGGGGCCAUGUCAUUGGUCUUCGGAAUGCAGAUUAUCUUCGAAGCUGGGUGGAAUAUGUUCGAGGAUCCAGCGACUCCUGUGGUCCUCGGCUACGCCUUGUGCCUGUGCCGAGGCACAAGCGCCAUGACGGGUGUCUCUGCUGGAUACUUGAAGAUCUGGGUCGUCCGCUACCGAACCUGGGCAGAGACCGGCUACCAGCAGGCGAUCAUGAAGAAGAUGCAGGCAAUGUCCGGAAGCACCGCGGACGAGAAGCCUCCGCCUCCUCCAGCCGGCUCCGUGCACGAUGGCUGGCCAGAGCCAGCCCACUACGACAAGCACGGCAUGGAAAGGUACCGGGUCGCUUUCCUGGCCGAGAAUCAGCUCUGGCUGCAGGUAGCCGUGUCGGAGAUGAUGGACAAGAGGACCUUGGAAAAGCACCGCCAAGAUCUUCUGGAUGGCUUAGCCUCCAUUGUCAACGAGGUUGCUCCGAAGGAUUACGCGCCGGAAGGCACUGAGGCAGUCGAGAAGGAGAUGUUCCAGUUCGGUGCCCCUCCUGCGAUGGACCUGGCAAGAGCAGCUUCUGAGAUUCAGCGGGAGACGUACGAGAAUUCUGCUCUCCGUCAGCUGAUGAGGAUGUGGCGGGAACGCGCCCAGUUCAUGCUCUUCCUACAGCAAGUAUCUGCCAUGGUCAAGUUGGACAACUACCAACGCCGUGAUGCUUGCGAGAUUUGCGGAAAGAGCAAAGAUGAGCUGCCAGUGGUCGUGCUGCCCAUCUACACUCUCCUGCAUUUGGCUUCUCUUUACCGAGAACAGAGAGACAUGUCGCCGUUAUGGAAUACACCGCUAUGGAAGCACUUCUACCAGACCUUCACUCCAACCUGCACGCUUUGCGAGGAGUGCGCGAAGUAUUACCACAAGCGUAACACCAACAUCCCGGUCAACGAGAAGCGCUACCAGCGUCUGCAGGCGAAGCAGAAGAGUGCUUACGAGAAAGUCAGGGUGAGCGAUUACCCUGUGAUUACCAUGGAGCCAGAAAUGAAGCAGGUUUUGAACCUCUGGCUCGAGUGGACAAGAUGUAUGGUCCGAGACGAGCGUCCACAAGAUUUCCUUCCUCGCUUCGGUAUCGAAGGACGCACCAUGCAAGAGAUCAGGAAGGAGUUGUUGGACAAGGGCGGAGCCGACGACGUGUCGCUGCCGUCAGUCUCGGACAAAGAGGACGAGGCUGCCGCAGCUGACGAUGAUGGCAUCAAGGACCCCCGGAAGAUCGACUUGGAGGCAGACGACAUCGCACAGAAGCCGCCUCUCAAGGUACCUAAAUCCCUCACCUGGUCGGAAGAGUCGAUCAUGCGGUCCUGGCUCCACCGCGCCCGAGACAGCCUCCAGGCGCCCCAGACAGUCAAUUGGAUGUAUCCUAUGGAAGCCGGGUCUGUGCCCCAGAGCUCUCUGGCGCAUUGCAAGAAAAUACAGAUGCUCCAGCUUAGCAGACACUCGCGCCGGAAUUUUCGUUCGUGUCAUGGUGCAGAUAGUCUGUCUGGUUCUUAG